CCCCCCAAAUUCGGCUUCUGUUUCCGGAAUGAGCGGAGAGAGCCCCCCUCCCGAACUGCCUGCUUCUCCCGGACGUGGAGCUUCUGCGCCGGAUUGCUGCUCUGCGCCGUAGCUCGGGGGGGGGGGGGCGCUUUCGGAAAAGGGAGGAGGGGCGGCAGAUAAAUCCCCCCCACCCACGUGGAUGUUGCAGGAAAGAAAAGGAGAAUCGGGAGCGAGGACAAAGAGGAUUUCCUUUCCUCCCACUCUGAAGAAGGUGAUGGAGAAGACAUUCAGAAUUCCAGGGGAUGGGGCACCUUUCAUUUCAUUAGGAAUAGAAAUUAAAAUGUGUGAAAUGUGGGAUAUGCUUCAUUGAAUGAGCACACAUAGCUCACAUCAAUGACUCCAAGAGGGGAGAAAACAUUUAAAGGUAUGGAGAGUGGGAAAAGUUUCACUGAUAGUAGAAAACUUAGAACGCAUCAGCGGACUCACAUGGACAAGAAAGGAUUCCAAUGCAGGGAGUGUGGGAAGAACUUUAGUCUAAGAGGACUCCUCAAUAUACACCAGCGGACUCACACAGGGGAAAAACCAUUUAAAUGCAUGGAGUGCGGGAAAAGCUUCCGUCAGAGUGGACACUUAAGUGCACAUCUACGGACUCACACGGGUGAAAAACCUUUUAAAUGCAGGGAGUGCGGAAAGAGCUUCAGUAAGAGUGGACACUUAAGUUCACAUCAACGGACUCACACGGGUGAAAAACCAUAUAAAUGUAUGGAGUGUGGAAAGAGCUUCAGUAAGAGUGGACACCUCAAUAGACAUCACCAGACUCACACAGGGGAGAAACCAUAUGAAUGCAGGGAGUGUGGGAAGAGCUUCAGUCGGAAUGGAGAACUUAAAUUACACCAGCGAACUCACACUGGUGAAAAACCAUAUAAAUGUAUGGAGUGUGGCAAGAGCUUCAGUCAGAGUGGGCACCGCAAUAUGCAUCAACGGACUCACACAGGGGAGAAACCAUUUCAAUGCAUGGAGUGCGGAAAGAGCUUUAGUGAAAAUGGAGCCCUUAGAAUACAUCAACGGACUCACACAGGGGAAAAACCAUUUAAAUGUAUUGAGUGCGGAAAGAGCUUCAGUCAGAAUGCAGACCUUAAAAAACAUCAACGGAUUCACACAGGGGAGAAACCAUAUAAAUGUAUGGAAUGUGGAAAGAGCUUCAGUUACGAUGCAGGACUUAGAUCACAUCAACAGACACACACAGAGGAGAAACCAUAUGGAUGUAUGGAGUGUGGAAAGAGCUUCAGUCAGCUUGGAACCCUUAGAAUACAUCAACAGACUCACACAGGGGGAAAACCAUUUAAAUGCAUUGAGUGUGGAAAGAGCUUCAGUCGAAAUGGAUACCUUAGAACACAUCAACGGACUCACACAGGGGAGAAACCAUUUAAAUGCUUGGAAUGCGGAAAGAGCUUCAGUUACGAUUCAGGCCUUAGAAGACAUCAAUUGACUCACACAGGCAGGGGGGAAACCAUUUAAAUGUAUUGAGUGCAGAAAGAGCUUCAGUCAGAAUGGAGACCUUAAAACACAUCAAUGGACACACACAGGAGAGAAACCAUAUAAAUGUGUGGAGUGUGGAAAGAGCUUCAGUCAGAGUGGACACCUCAAUAUACAUCAACGGACUCACACAGGGGAGAAACCAUAUAAAUGUGUGGAGUGUGGGAAGUGCUUCAGUUUCAAUGCAAUGCUUAGAAGACAUCAACGGACUCACACAGGGGGAAAACCAUUUAAAUGCAUUGAGUGCAGAAAGAGCUUCAGUCAGAAUGGAGACCUUAAAUUACACCAGCGGACUCGCACAGGGGAGAAACCGUUUAAAUGCAUGAAGUGCGGAAAAAGCUUCAGUCAAAGUGGAAAUCUUAGAAAACAUCAGCAGACACACAGGGAAGAAACCUUUUAAAUGUAUGGCAUGUGGAAGGAGCUUCAGUCGGAGUGGAACCCUUGAUAUACAUCAACAAACUCACACAAAAGACAAACCACAUAAACGUCAGGAAAGUAUAUUGAGGCUCAGUCCUUGUGGAAGUCCUACAUCAACAGACUCGUGGCCAGGAAGAACUUUACCAGUUGACACCCUACAUACCAUCAAUAACUUUAAAUGGAAGGAUUGCAGAAAGUGCUUUAGCUAUAAUGUAAUGUUUAAG